GCAAGCCAAAACCAGAAGGGCGUCGGGCGGUGGAGUAGAAAAGAGAAAGGAAAAAGGAAAAAGAAAAGAAAACCACCACUACUACGCGCCCCUAACCCCCUCCUGCCUCUCCACAAGUACUCGCCUCGCAUCGUCCCCCGCCUCCGCCUCGUCGAUCUCCCACCACCGCCCACGCCGAUCCGUCCCCCAAAUCCUCCUCCCCCUCGGCUCCGCACGCCACCUACUGCCACCACCACCACCACCACCACUCCUCCCACUCCCACGCCGCCGCCGUCCCCACGGCGGGGCGCGGAGAGGUGACCCGAGAGGGACGCCGCGCCGGAACACGAACGAGAGUUGGUGAGGGAGAUCAGACAGAGGAGACGAGCAUUAGGGAGGGGCAUCUGCAUUAGCCGGAAUCCCCCAGCGAGCCUCUCUCUCUCUCCUCCUCCUCCUCGAACCAGGCGCGGGCGAGGCUGCUGCUACCGCCAAAGGCCUCGUUUGUUGCCAUCCGCCGAUGCCGUAAUCCGCCGCCCAAAAGCUCUCCUCCCCCCCACCUCGCGUCGCGCGGCCGCACCCCCGCCCUGCCUCCCCUGCCGUGGCGAGGCCGCUGCGCCCCCCAACCCAAUGCCUUUUAAACCCCUCCCCGCUCCCCUCCUGAUCCCCACCGCCUCCCAAUGCCGCCCUCCUUCCCCUCCCUCCCGCUCCCGGAGGCCGCCGCCGCCGCCGCGCACGCCUCGCUGCUCGCGCUCGCCGCCCUGCUCCUGCUCCUCCGCGCCGCGCGCGCGCUCGCCUCCCGCUGCGCGUCAUGCCUCAAGGCGGCGCCGCGCCGGGGCCCCGCCGCCGCCGUCGCCGCCGGUGGCGGGACCCUCGCCGCGACCGCGCGCGCCUGGCACAGGGCCGUCCUCGCGUCAUGCGCGUACGCGCUGCUCGCGCAGGUCGCCGCGCUGAGCUACGAGGUGGCCGUGGCCGGCUCGCGCGUCUCGGCGGGGGCGCUCCUGCUGCCGGCGGUGCAGGCGGUGGCCUGGGCGGCGCUGCUGGUGCUCGCGCUGCAGGCCCGCGCCCUCGGUUGGGCCAGGUUCCCGGCGCUGGUACGGGUCUGGUGGGUGGUCUCCUUCGCGCUCUGCGUUGGCAUCGCGUACGACGACUCCAGGCGCCUCAUACGCGACGAGCCGCGCACUGUGGAUUACGCGCACAUGGUUGCCAACUUCGCGUCCGUCCCGGCCCUGGGCUUCCUCUGCUUGGUUGGUGUCAUGGGAUCCACCGGUUUGGAAUUUGAGUUCACGGAUGAGAACGGCGUGCAUGAGCCGCUGUUGCUUGGUAGGCAGCGAAGAGAGGCAGAGGAGGAGCCCGGGUGUUUGAGGGUCACUCCCUACGCUGAUGCUGGGAUCCUCAGCCUUGCAACACUGUCAUGGCUUAGCCCGUUGCUCUCAAUUGGUGCGCAGCGGCCACUUGAGCUAGCUGACAUACCCUUGUUGGCGCACAAGGACCGUGCAAAAUCAUGCUAUAAGGCGAUGAGCGCUCACUACGAGCGCCAGAGGCUGGAGAAUCCUUACAGGGAGCCAUCACUGACAUGGGCAAUACUGAAGUCAUUUUGGCGAGAGGCUGCGGUCAAUGGUGCAUUUGCUGCUGUCAACACAAUUGUGUCAUAUGUUGGCCCUUACCUGAUCAGCUACUUUGUGGAUUAUCUCAGUGGCAACAUCGCUUUCCCCCAUGAAGGUUACAUCCUUGCCUCCAUAUUUUUCGUUGCAAAAUUGCUUGAGACACUCACUGCUCGACAGUGGUACCUGGGUGUGGACAUCAUGGGAAUCCAUGUCAAGUCUGGGCUUACCGCCAUGGUGUAUAGGAAGGGGCUCCGACUGUCGAACGCCUCACGGCAGAGCCACACGAGUGGUGAGAUUGUGAAUUACAUGGCCGUCGAUGUGCAGCGUGUGGGGGACUAUGCAUGGUACUUUCAUGACAUCUGGAUGCUUCCACUGCAGAUCAUUCUUGCCCUCGCCAUCCUGUACAAGAACGUUGGGAUCGCCAUGGUUUCAACAUUGAUAGCAACUGUGCUAUCGAUUGCAGCCUCUGUUCCUGUGGCAAAGCUGCAGGAGCACUACCAAGAUAAGUUGAUGGCAUCCAAGGAUGAGCGCAUGCGCAAGACUUCUGAGUGCCUGAAGAAUAUGAGGAUUCUGAAGCUGCAGGCAUGGGAAGAUCGGUACCGGCUGCAGUUGGAAACGAUGAGGAAUGUGGAAUGCAGGUGGCUUCGCUGGGCUCUGUACUCACAGGCUGCAGUCACAUUCGUUUUCUGGAGUUCGCCUAUCUUUGUCUCAGUCAUAACUUUUGGGACUUGCAUAUUGCUCGGUGGCCAGCUCACUGCAGGAGGGGUUCUUUCUGCUUUAGCAACGUUUCGGAUCCUUCAAGAACCUCUGAGGAACUUCCCAGAUCUUAUCUCUAUGAUGGCACAGACAAGGGUGUCGUUGGACCGUUUGUCUCAUUUUCUGCAGCAAGAAGAACUGCCAGAUGAUGCAACUAUAAAUGUUCCACAAAGUAGUACAGACAAGGCAAUUGAUAUCAAGGAUGGUACAUUCUCUUGGAACCCAUACUCUCCAACCCCUACACUUUCUGGUAUACACCUUAGUGUAGUGAGAAGUAUGAGAGUGGCAGUCUGUGGUGUAAUUGGUUCUGGAAAAUCAAGUCUUCUAUCAUCUAUACUUGGGGAGAUACCCAAAUUGUGUGGCCAUGUCAGGAUAAGUGGCACAGCAGCUUAUGUUCCUCAGACUGCCUGGAUACAAUCUGGAAACAUUGAAGAGAAUAUUCUUUUUGGCAGUCCAAUGGAUAGACAACGUUACAAGAGAGUCAUUGCGGCAUGCUCUCUGAAGAAAGAUCUUGAGUUGCUCCAAUACGGAGAUCAGACUAUUAUUGGUGAUAGAGGCAUUAAUUUGAGUGGAGGUCAGAAACAAAGAGUCCAGCUUGCUAGAGCACUCUACCAAGAUGCUGACAUUUAUUUGCUUGAUGAUCCCUUCAGUGCUGUCGAUGCUCAUACCGGUAGCGAACUAUUUAAGGAGUACAUACUGAGUGCAUUAGCGACCAAAACAGUAAUUUAUGUAACCCAUCAAGUUGAGUUUCUACCAGCUGCUGAUCUGAUACUGGUUCUUAAGGAUGGCCAUAUCACCCAAGCUGGAAAGUACGAUGAUCUUCUGCAAGCUGGAACUGACUUCAACGCUUUGGUUUCCGCUCAUAAGGAAGCUAUUGAAACCAUGGACAUUUUUGAAGAUUCUGAUGGAGAUACAGUUUCUUCUUCUAUUCCUAACAAAAGAUUGACACCAAGCAUUAGUAAUAUUGAUAACCUGAAAAACAAGGUGCACGAAAAUGGUCAACCAUCUAAGACACGGGGAAUAAAGGAAAAGAAGAAGAAUGAGGAGCGUAAGAAGAAACGUACUGUUCAAGAGGAGGAAAGGGAACGAGGAAGAGUUAGCUUAAAUGUUUAUUUGUCGUACAUGGGGGAAGCCUACAAAGGUACACUGAUACCGCUAAUUAUCUUGGCUCAAACCAUGUUCCAAGUGCUUCAGAUUGCGAGCAACUGGUGGAUGGCGUGGGCAAACCCACAAACAGAAGGAGAUGCACCCAAAACAGAUAGUGUGGUCCUUCUGGUUGUUUAUAUGUCCCUUGCUUUUGGGAGUUCAUUGUUUGUGUUUGUGAGAAGCCUUCUUGUGGCUACGUUUGGUUUAGCAGCUGCACAGAAGCUUUUUGUAAAAAUGCUUAGGUGUGUCUUUCGAGCUCCGAUGUCAUUCUUUGACACCACACCAGCUGGGCGGAUUUUGAACCGAGUUUCUGUAGAUCAAAGUGUUGUGGACCUUGAUAUAGCGUUCAGGCUUGGUGGAUUUGCAUCAACGACAAUUCAACUCCUUGGAAUUGUUGCUGUCAUGAGCAAAGUCACAUGGCAAGUUCUGAUUCUUAUAGUUCCCAUGGCUAUUGCAUGCAUGUGGAUGCAGAGGUAUUAUAUUGCUUCAUCAAGGGAACUGACUAGGAUUUUGAGUGUCCAGAAGUCUCCAGUGAUCCAUUUGUUUAGUGAAUCAAUUGCUGGUGCUGCUACAAUAAGGGGCUUUGCUCAAGAGAAACGGUUCAUGAAAAGGAAUCUUUACCUUCUUGACUGUUUUGCUCGGCCUCUAUUUUCCAGCCUUGCUGCUAUUGAGUGGCUCUGCCUACGAAUGGAAUUGCUCUCGACUUUCGUCUUUGCUUUUUGCAUGGCAAUACUUGUGAGCUUUCCUCCUGGCACAAUUGAACCAAGCAUGGCUGGCCUCGCUGUCACAUAUGGACUUAAUUUAAAUGCUCGCAUGUCAAGGUGGAUAUUGAGCUUCUGUAAAUUAGAGAACAGGAUAAUCUCUGUUGAGCGCAUUUAUCAAUACUGCAAGAUUCCUAGUGAAGCACCACUAGUUAUUGAGAAUUGCCGUCCACAAUCAUCAUGGCCUGAGAAUGGAAACAUUGAACUGAUUGAUCUCAAGGUUCGCUACAAGGAUGAUCUACCAUUAGUUCUUCAUGGUGUAAGCUGUAUGUUUCCUGGUGGGAAAAAGAUUGGGAUUGUAGGGCGAACUGGGAGUGGUAAAUCUACUCUUAUUCAGGCCCUUUUCCGCCUAAUUGAACCCACUGGAGGGAAGAUUAUAAUUGACAACAUUGACAUUUCUGCAAUUGGCCUCCAUGAUUUGCGGUCACGGUUGAGCAUCAUCCCACAAGACCCUACAUUGUUUGAGGGUACUAUAAGAAUGAAUCUUGAUCCUCUUGAAGAGCGUGCUGAUCAUGAAAUUUGGGAGGCACUAGAGAAGUGUCAGCUAGGAGAGGUCAUUCGUUCCAAGGAAGAAAAACUUGACAGUCCAGUGCUAGAAAAUGGGGAUAACUGGAGUGUGGGACAGCGCCAACUUAUUGCACUGGGUAGGGCGCUGCUCAAGCAGGCAAAAAUUUUGGUGCUUGAUGAGGCAACAGCAUCUGUUGACACAGCAACAGAUAAUCUUAUCCAAAAGAUCAUUCGUAGUGAAUUCAAGGACUGCACAGUCUGUACCAUUGCUCAUCGUAUACCCACUGUUAUUGACAGUGACCUUGUCCUGGUCCUUAGUGAUGGUAAAGUUGCAGAGUUCGACACGCCCCAGAGGCUUUUAGAGGACAAGUCAUCUAUGUUCAUGCAGCUAGUAUCUGAAUACUCCACUCGGUCGAGCUGUAUAUAGAGAGGCUUAGGGGCUGUUUGGAUAUGAGGUGCUAAACUUUAACAGUGUCACAUCGGAUGUUCGGAUGCUAAUUAGGAGGACUAAAUAUGAGCUAAUUAUAAAACUAAUUGCAGAACCUUGUGCUAAUUCGC